AUUGGACUGGAGGGGGAGGUGGAGGAAGGGAAGAGAACCUGCUUAGUAGUGUGAGAGGCGUAAAUCCAGUUUGGAUGAGCUGGCAGAGAGGACAGACCACUGUAAGUCUAGAGGUGGUGAAGAGGAGAAACAGAGGAGAAAGACAGGGAGGAGGAAGGAGGAUGGCAGCGUCGGACAGGCUAUGGCCGAGGCUGUUGGUUCUGUGAGGGGGGCCACUCCGAGAUUUAAAAGAAGAUGACCAGAGCAGUAUGGCAAAGAGUCCUGCAAACAUCCUUACUUACUGACCCUCAUAAAAUGGACCCAUGUUUUCUCACUUUGAUUUCGAAAGGAGGUUGAAGAUAAGAGCGGUAGUCCCACCAAAGAAAAAAGCUACAAGAACCAGACCUAGGCUUGUGCUGAACCCAUUGGGACCAUGUCUCAGUCAGGUAAGAUCCUGCACCUGUAUGUGGAGGUGAGGUCUGUCCCAGAGGAGGAGGGGAAGGGCCAGGAAGGCUGUGUGGAGGCCAUGCACCCACUUGUACUCCAAGAGCCUGACAUCUUGCCUCAGUCUCUGCACACCUCCAACCACUCCACCACUUCCACCUGUACCUGCACUUCCACACCCAGCCCAGCCUCCAUGUCCCCAAGGUUGCGGCAUCAAGGUGGGGUUCACAGUCCCAGCCUCACCCCCUCAAAAUCCCCCUCCAGACAUUCUGUCAGUUUCCAACUAGACCUGCCAGACCACUCAGGACCACUCACUCUUCACAGGCAGAGUCUGCCUUAUGACAGGAGUGGUGAGCUGCUCUCCACUCUCCAGCCAUCAACCAACGGGCCACAGCAUGGCACUCUGGUGCGUGGCCACUCAUCAGACAUUGAGCAUUGCCACAUGAAGGUACCCCAAUCCCCUGCUUCCUCUGGGAGGACAACGAGCUCUUCCACUCCAACCAGUGGGUGCAGGUCCUGCGAUGGCUCUGGUGUGGGGGAUGAGGGCAAGUGUUCUGUGGUCAGUUUUAGGUACAUUGAGAAAGCCAGCAUUAGGUCUGUGGAAAGCCCUCUACGCCAAAGUAUAGCUGAGAAACCCAGUAGAGGCAUGGAGGAGAGUAAUCUGCCUCCCCACCACAGGAAGAGACUCAGUGACCCUUUGUGGUCGGACAGUUGGCAGCCCUCAGAUAGCUCCAGCUCCAGCUCCAAACAGUCCUGUCCCACCUCAGGCAGGUCUCCCAGAGGCUCCCCCUGUCUCCGCAAAGCCACUCUGGACACUGUAGCCAGAGAGGCCACCUACAGAGCCUUGGAGGAAUUUGGCUCUCCGGAACUGAGGCACCGACUAGCAGACUACAGCCCAGACAAGAGCCCGAGCCUGCCCCGUGUCUACCAGCAGCAGUCCCGCUGCAAGUCCUGGGGUGGGUCACCAGUCCUGCCUCGGGGAGCCAAAACACUGCCAGUCAAUGCACACCUCAUCAACUCAGACAGGAACCAUGGUUUGAAUGGCUUGCCCAGAAGCCCAGCUUCUGACCACCUCGCUGUUCAAGCCAGGCAGUCCUACUACAACUACACCACGUCCACAUCCAGUGUUCGCCAGCACCAUGGUGUCCAGAAUCACAGGUCAAGGCUGGCAGACGAGAACCCCAGGUUGUCCACUAAGUUUGAGGAUGAGAGCCUCAGGUUGUCCACCAAGUUUGAGGACGAGAGCCCCAGGUUGUCCACCAAGUUUGAGAACAAGAGCCCCAGGUUGUCCCCCAAGUUUGAGGACGAGAGCCCCAGGUUGUCGACCAAGUUUGCAGACGAGAGCCCCAGGUUGUCCGCAAAAUUUGAGGACGAGAGCCCCAGGUUGUCCGCCAAGUUUGAGGACAAGAGCCCCAGCUUGUCCACCAAGUUUGGAGAUGAGAGCCCCAGGUUGUCCACCAAGUUUGCGGAUGAGAGCCCCAGGUUGUCUUUGAAGUUUGCGGACGAGAGCCCCCAGUUGUCUUCCAAAUUCCGCCGGCCUUUACCUGCAGGGAGGCCAACUGCGAUCCAGCAUGAAAUACCAGCAAGCAUGAUGAAUAGCUUCUCGGUUUCUUGCAACCAGAGGACUAGCGGCCACACCAGCACCCACACUUCUUGCGAUAGCCUGCCCGUUAGCCCCUGCUUAUCCAACAAGUUCAAUUCUGACCAGUCAGGUCAGUCAAAUGGCAACUGGCUGGUUGAUGGAAGGAACAAGACUAGUGGCAGGACAAGUAUCUCCCCUGCCACCAGCCCAGACAUUGCCCAUAAUCUGGCGGACAAAGCUACCAAGCUGUCCACCAUCUUCGUAGAUAGGAGGACACCCUCUCCUACCCUAUCGCAGGUUGACGCAGCCAGAUCAGACAGCCCCUGUCAUGGUUACUUCUCCAGGGAGUCCCAACCCUUUGCCAGUCUGCAGGGCCAAGGUUUUCCAGCGCAGCCCCACCCCGCGGCUAACACCCACACACAACCCCAAGAACAAAGGUGGACACCUAAAGAUGGAUCCCACUCGAGAGAGUCCAGACCAGGCCAUGGCCUGGGAAUGUCCUCCCCUGCUAUUACAGCUAUGGUACACCAAGUGGUUGCAUUCCACAGUCCUAUUUUAGACCCUCAGAUGCAGGGAGCCGAGCUACUGAAGGACAGCCCUAUCCUGCACCGGCACCAGCCUCCACAGUACAAGGGAGACCGUGGGUCCCCCGGCCUGUGUAGGAGACCGUAUGACACCCACUUUGAAAGAGUAGGCCAGAGAGACAGCCCACAGUGCAACAGGCGAUUAUUGUUAGGCCUUGACAUGGAGCCAACAGAGAGCUGGACCUCCAGAAUGCAACAGUGGAGGGAGAAUGGGUCUGCCAAAAACAGGGAGGAGUCUGACAGUGAGGCUCUAACUGCUGAUGGGGACGGAGAGAGUGUGAUGACCAAGGAGCAGCUUCAGAGUAGGGAUGGAGCUGGACAUGGAGAUAGACAUGGGGUAAACAGGGAGCCAAGAGGGGAGAACCAGGACCAUUGCGGGACGCUGGGGUCUUCUCAAAGCUCCAGUGGAGUGACAGGUAGCCUGGGGGAGAUCUGUCAGCCAGCGAGGGACUGUCUCUCUCCUGAGACAUCCAGCCAGUCCAGCCAGAAGAGCAAUGACACUGGAGACACUGCUUCUGGGAUGCAGUUGGACAGUGGUUCCUUAGUGCUUGGCCCGUCCUUGCACUCACAGAAGAUUGCCCGUGCUAAAUGGGAGUUCCUGUUUGGACAGCCUACAGAAGACAGCCAUGAUUCUAAAGAAUCUUCUUCAGCCCCCCCUAGUGGCACAACUAGUGGGUCAACCCCCCUGCCCUCCUCCCUGCCCCUGCAGCUAACCGCCAGUCACCGGAGGGGGAGGGACAAUGAGGAGAGUCAGAGUCUGUCCUAUCAUGACGUCCAGCAGGUGGAGGUGGAGCUAGUGACCCCGGCCCCAGUCGAAGCCGUUGGCUUCUCGCCCAAGACGGGCAUUAUCCGUAGAACCAUCAAGUACUCCGAGACGGACUUAGAUGCCGUGCCGCUGAAAUGCUACCGAGAAACAGACCUGGACGAGGUGAUGUCGGCUGAGGGUCGUACAAAUAGGGAAAGCGAGCAAGACGAGGCGGAGGUGGACUCAGCCUUUGGUAGUAACCGCAGUGUCCUGGGCAUCUCUGGUUCAAGCGCCGGUACUGUAGUCUGCACCGAUGGAGAAGAGGAGGAGCUGGAGGAGGAGGAGGAGGAGGUGGUGAGCUGGGCCAGUGUGAGGAUGCAAGGGGAUAAGAAGAGGCAGCAUGCCACUCAGGAAGACAGUCAAGUUUACAGCACGCUACUGAAAGGAGAUUUUCAGGGCGUAUCUCCUGUUAAGGACAUGGUUUCUUCCUGCAAUAGUCCCCUGGACCACAUAUCUGAUGCCCAGUCAGCUCUCAAGUCGCCCAUCUCAUUGAACAGCCCUCGCAGGACCUCUGCAGAUGGCCUGGACUCGUUCAGCCGCCACUUUGAGAGUAUUGUGGAGUCUCACCGGGCCAAGGGCACCUCCUACAGCAGCCUGGACAGUGUUGACCUCUUGACCUCUAGCAGCCCACCCAUCUUCACCUUUGACCUGCCCACUCUCACCCCUGAGAUCCAGAGCCAGAUCUGUGAGAGUGCGCGUAACAUAAUCGAACUGAGUUUUGCCCCCUUGACCAAUCCAGAUCCCCCUAGCAUAUCUGAGCCCAACCCCCCUAACAACCCCCUGGCCCCGACAAGGCAGGCACUCGGAAGCACCCCUGAGGAGAAAUCUACCCCAGGACAGUUGGAGAUUGACCACCUGCGAAUGAAGUCUAACUUAGACAUGCCUCUCAGGGAGAAACCAGGCCACCGACCUCCAGACCCGUUUUCUCAGCAGGACGUGGGCGAACGGUUGGCCCUGAGCAGCACCGAGGCUCUGGCCAACGGCAACAAGGCCGACCUACAGGCCGCCAAACGCCUUGCCAAACGCCUCUUCAACUUGGACGGCUUCAGGAAGUCUGACGUGGCCAGGCACCUCAGCAAGAAUAAUGAGUUCAGUCGGAUGGUGGCAGAGGAAUAUCUCAGUUUCUUCAACUUCUCAGGCCUUACGAUUGACCAGGCUCUACGAGCCUUUCUGAGGGAGUUUGCCCUCAUGGGAGAGACACAGGAGAGAGAACGAGUACUGGCCCACUUCUCUAGGAGAUAUCUCAGAUGCAACCCCAACGCAAUACCUUCUGAAGACAGCGUCCACACUCUGACCUGUGCCCUCAUGCUGCUCAACACUGACCUGCAUGGCCAUAAUAUCGGCAAGAAAAUGUCCGUCUCGCAGUUCAUCAGCAACCUGGAAGGGCUAAACGAUGGAAAGGAUUUUCCAAAAGAACUGCUCAAGGCCUUGUACAACUCCAUCAGAAACGAGAAACUCCAGUGGACCAUCGAUGAGGAGGAGUUACGCAAGUCCUUCUCCGAGUUGGCCGAUUUGCGGACUGACUCGGCCUCCCACACAAUGAAGCGGAUCGGCAGUGGUCUGGGCGUGGCUCAGAACUCGGAUGCCCUGAUCUAUAAGAAUGGCUUUCUCGUGCGGAAGGUCCACGCGGACUCUGAUGGCAAAAAAACUCCUCGGGGGAAAAGAGGCUGGAAGACUUUUUACGUCAUGCUAAAGGGACUGGUCCUCUACCUGCAGAAGGGAGAGUACCGUCCGGAUAAGCAGCUGUCUGAAGAGGAUCUAAAAAACGCUGUGUCCAUCCAUCACUCUCUGGCCAUGAAGGCAACAGACUACAGCAAGAGGCCCAAUGUUUUUUACCUGCGCACCGCAGACUGGAGAGUGUUCCUCUUCCAAGCACCUAAUGCAGAGCAGAUGCAGUCGUGGAUCACCCGGAUCAACACAGUGUCGGCCAUGUUCUCAGCGCCUCCUUUCCCCGCUGCCAUCGGCUCUCAGAAGAAAUUCAGCCGCCCUCUGCUUCCAGGCUCCAGCACCAAGCUGUCUCAGGAGGAGCAGGUGAAAUCCCAUGAGACACGCUUCCGUACCAUCUCCUCUGAGCUGAACGAGCUCAAUGCUGUAAUUCCAGACAAAAAGGCCAAAGUUCGGGACCUAGAAGAGCACAAGCAACGGGAGGAGUACCUGGAGUUUGAGAAAACCCGCUACGGGACGUAUGCCAUGCUGUUAAGGGCUAAGAUCCGUAGUGGGGAAGAGGACCUGUCCCUGUUCGAGUCACGCCUCUUUGACGACAGCGGUCUGCAGAGGGCCCACUCCAGCCCCACCCUGCGGGAGGAGAACAGCAGCAGCAGCCAGGCCAGCUGCGCCAAAGAGGGACCCAGCAGCAGCCAGGCCAGCACCAGGGGCAGCAGUAAGGCCAAGCGCUCCGAGCCCCAGAGACACAGCUACAGGCAGGCUGUGAAACAGUGAGAGGGACCCUGGAGGAUGUCAAGGUGGACGGGGCGGUUUAAACGACUGGACUCAUUUAUCCGUGUCAGCGGAUACAGAGGGACAACUGGUUUGUCUGGUCUCCGUGACGGGGAAGUUUGACAGGGUGGGGAGGACGAGUGGGAUAGACAUGUUGCAUGCUUCUAUACAGAGGAACCCGAGGUUCUGGAUGUUCCAGUGCAAAUUAUACAGGACAGUAGAGACACAUUGUCCUGUUACAAUACCGCUAUACAAAUGAUAUACUCCUGUGUGUGCGUACAUCACAGGAUAUAGGCACUUCUCUUUCAUUUCAACAUGCUUUGGACCAAAUUUAGUUGAGAGCCAAGACAGACAUCUGAAUAUUACAUAAUUUUACAUAGAAUUAUUAGCAAAUAGAUGAGUUUUGUUGAAAUGUGUAGGUUUUCAACCAACCCCCCUUAUAGCACAGAUCACAUCCCCGUGUGUACAGUGAGUAGUGGCGCCAACCACCCAGAACAGACAAACAGAGCUGCAUCAGCUCAUCAGACGGUUCCCAUGGAGACUAUACGGAACACGUGCACAUGUGAGGACAGCGAAGAACCACUGCGCCGUGACCUCAACCUACUCACAAUGCAUUUGGAGGAAACUGGAGGGAUGCCGAAUUCUUUACCAGAGAGGAUUAAUUAGAAACAACACAGCAGGUUAUUGGACAGACUUUAUGAUGCUGCAUGCACAUAAUUUGGGUUUCAUAGUCUGUUAUCAUUUGUUAUUCUAAGGACUUUUAUUGUGACAAACUGCACCGGCCCAGGGCCUUUUUGAGUUACUGUGAAGCUCUGCUGAAUGUCAUUAUUUCAAGGGCCCUUUUACACAGAUCUCCUAUGACACCGCUGCUAAUCUUUGAGCGAUUUGUCCUACUAGUGGGUGGUUGAAGUAGAUUGAUCACAAUAGCUGGCUAUCUAGCCACUUAAUGAGCUUUGACGAGUAAAAGGAUUGCUUGCCUAUCAGGAGAUCGAAGACAAACGUCAAGAACGUUUAUGAGAAGACAAUCUUUUCAUUCUCGUGUCAUUUUAUUUGCAUUGCUGAAACAUAAAUAAAGCUUAGUGUACAGCACAUCUCAGCUACAUGGCAAAGGAAAGUUUUUAUAGGAACUAAUCCGAUCCCUGACAACAAAUUAAUUCAAACGUUGGUUGAAUGUUGAUUUAAAUUCAUUAUCAUGAAUUGUACUGAGGAAAGAAAAUAAAGGAGGCAAUGCCAGUGCCUACCACACACAGAUAAAUGUCUAAAAUCAUGUAACAUGUAUAUUUUAAAAUAGAAUGUCAUGGCGCAGCAUAGCCAUUUUCUACUCAGGCUGGCAGUGUUGUCUGUAAACCUGUGCAGUAAUGCCAUAGAAUGGUCACCAGGGGGUGCUGUUACAAUAGGAAACUAUAGCCUCAGGAGGUGAAAGUGACUUGACUGUAAGAUGCACUAGUUUUCUUGGUGAUGUCACAGACCUAGAGAGAAGGCUCACUGCUUUCGGUAAAUGUGACCGAGGUGACAUAAAAGGUGUUGUGCGAAAGGCUGUGUUCAUACCCAGUUGGUCUAUGUAAGUCUGUGGGGACCAUGCCUGGGCGAGGCAUGAUAUGUGCAGUCAUGCAGAAUUCCCCAGUCUAUUGGGUGUGUCUCCUUCCCACUGUGUAAAUAUGAGGCGGUAUGGGGAGAGACCAUAGGCAGUAGACCUAAGGCUAGAAUAUAUUCAAGACACUUUUGUGUAGGGCUUCUAAUGUGAUAGAACACAGGUUAUAACUUAACACCCUUCUGCACUUUUGGAAAUGAUGACCUAGUGUUGGGAAGUGAAACAUCUAUUUAUUUUUUUGCUUAUUGGUUAACUUGGUCUUGUCAAGUAUUUGUCAUUGUCAAAACAUGUAUUCUGCUCUUUCUGUACAGGUUUUUACUGGACUCAAUCAUUCCCCAUAGAACCACAGCAUCUGAUUGCUAAGUCAUGUAAUGUAUUAUUUUCCUUGAUUAGGUGUCAAUAACACAUUAAAGUUUUGCUCCCAGUCAAAUAUAC